UGAGAGAGUUGGGGAGAGCGGCUUCAGGGCGAGCCACAGUGGAAAACCUGCAGAAAUGAUGUCAGAGCAAUCGCGACCACCGAUUGGAGUGGAGAUUCCCGGCGAGAGCCUAUAAAACCAGGAAAGACAACAGCAGGAACCAGCAAAGGCAGAGAACGUGCGAAAUUCCAGGAACUGCACAGUGUCCAUCUGUCCAUCCCCGUGUGACUGAAACCGAAUCAGAUUAAGGAUGCUGGGCUGUGGAUGUGUGCUGCUCUCUGGUCUGCUGACACUGACCUUGUUCCACUGUAGUGCGGAAAGCCUUCUUCUACCCCAAUUAAGAUCAGAGUAUGUGGAGCCAUCUGUCAUGGAGGGUCGCAGCGUCCAGCGAGGCCAGACCGAGCAGAAGACCUCAGGAGCUGUGAACGCUAAACACCUCCUGCACAACCAGCUGGUCCGACUGGAGAACGAUGUCAUUGAGACAAAGAGGAAACGCAGCUUCCCGGGAUCCAACACGCCUCUUGACCGUCUGUCAAUCAGCACCAUGGAUCCCAAAAGCAACAAGCAGAGGAAGGUCGUUGAGUUGCCGCGGCGACGAGUCAAUAUUCCGAUUGACCGGAUUGGCGUAGGCCGUCUUCCCAGCAGCCGAGGAUAGACUCCGCCUCUGACCACGCCCCCACAAACAGGGUAAUAUCGCAGGUAGAUGAUAUGCAUGAUAAGCACACCAGCUGGCUACUCACUAACCACUGAACGACCAUUAAUCAUCUGCUCCAGAGCUGUUCUUUCUCACUGAUAACUGAUUUAGAGCUUCAAUAUCCGAUCAAACUGUUUAUUUCCAGUUCUGACUCAUCAUCAUAUAAAUUAAACAUCUAAACUGUAUUGCUUUCAUAAAAUGAGUUCUGUUUAUGAUGUCAGAAGCAUUAGCCAAUCAGAGAGGAAUUAGCUCAUGGCUUCCAUUAUUGCACAUCUCAAUAUUUACUCCAGCGCCUCAAGACUUCUUGCUUGCUGUAAUAUACAUAACUAUUGUCAUUUUCUCACUUUGACUGGAGGCUGUUCAGCCUUGACAAUAAAACAGAUAGAAAUCU